AUGGGGUUUUCUAUUGCUAGUUCUAAUUCAUUAGGCCAUUGUUAUCUCAUUCAAAAUCACCAUCAAAGGACAGGAAAAAAGUUUUUGUCUUUUCAUGGAAAUUUCAAAUUAUCGAAACUCUUCACCAAGGCUCAAUCAAGAAGGUUAGUUUGCUGCAAAUUAGAGGGCAUUGAUUUUCAAGAGAGAAAAAGCCCAACUGAGGUGAAGGAGGAAAUUGAACAAUGCUAUAAACUCAUACAAAGGCUUGGUAGAGGUGUUGUGUAUUUGGGUUCUUCAAGGUUCAGACCUAACCAUCCACAUUAUGCACAGGCAUUCGAGUUGGGAAAAGAGAUUGCAAGCUUCUUGGAUUGUACUUCAUGGUCGGGGGCUGGACCCGGGCUCAUGGAUGCUGUAACUAAAGGUGCUCUGCAAGCAGGGAAGCCCGUUGGCGGUUUUAAGAUCGCCAAAGAAGCUGGAGAAUGGACGGCUACAAAUUUUCAUCCGUACUUACCAUUAGACUGCUAUCUUACAUGCAGAUUCUUUUCUGCAAGGAAGCACGGGUUAGUGGACGCAGCUGUUAGAGCUAGUGAUUCUGAUCGGACUGCUGUUGUUGCCCUUCCUGGUGGGAUUGGCACUUUAGAUGAAGUGUUUGAAAUUCUCACAUUGAUUCAACUUGAACGAAUCGGAUCUUUGCUUCCUGUUCCCUUUCUUUUGAUGAACUACGACUCUUUUUAUUCAAAGUUGCUCGAUUUUCUUGAUGAUUGUGAGGUCUUGGGUACUCUCUCCAAGGGUGAGUUAGCGUCCUUGUGGAAAGUUUGUGACAAUAACUCUGAAGCUUUGGCCUAUCUUGAAGAAUAUUACAGCGUAUCCGAGUUAAGAAAUGACUACAAAACUGUCACUAAUUAG